GCGUGUGGACUCUCAAUUUGAAUACAAAGAUGGGGCGAAAAUACGACUUCGAGUGGCUGAAGGCUACUCUUACAUGGGCGAUUUGGCUAGAAUGUCCAAUGACUUGAAGAGUGCAAUUUCUAAUUAUCACACUGCGUACAUGUUCGCUAAUUACAAGAACGACGCAUGCAUCGAACAUCCUCGCUUUUUGACCACCCUUACUCAUAAUUUAAAUCACGUUUGCAAUUGGAAGAAUAGAGGUGGCAUCGGUAAUCAUUGGACCGAUGUUCUGGGCAACUAUCGCACCGAAUCCGUUCCGGGUUUAAAUUCGGGAUUCAUGAAAAUGGUGUCAAAGGCUGUUGACAAAGAGAUCAUGGAAGGUGAAAAUUAUGGGAAAGGUAUCAUCAAUAAUUCCGGUGGAAUCAUAAAUCUUUUGAGAAAUUGGUGUUCUGCCCUUAAUGAAAAUGAUAAGUCAUUUCAGUAUUUUAAAUCAAUGGCGACUCGAUGGGUAAAUCAAAUACCAAAGUUCAAGAACGAAGGCGGUUGGGUUAUACGGACUGUUCAACAUUUGAUGCGCAGAAUACAACUUCGGUGGUAUUUAGAUAAAUAUGGGAAAACUUACCGAAGCUCUACCCCUCUACCUAAAAUUCAACCGGAUGCGUCUGCUCGAAGUAAAUACCAGCGACCAUUAAUUCCCGCAGGGCUUCAACGUCCGACUAGUACUUGCGUUCAACCUUUUUACACAUUCAUAUAUGACAUGACACCUCGUCAAGUACGUUUGAUUAUACACCGGGAAGCCUUAAAUCACCCGAUGGCUCAUUUGAUGCAAUCAGUAUUCUCUUUACACGAUCGAAAUACAUUUGAAGUUUACUGUUACUCACUUGUCCCAAAUGAUGGUUCUCCGUAUCGCGCCAAGAUUGAAAAGGGUGUUGACGUAUUUCAUGAAUGUAGCGGCUAUACCACAGAGCAGAUUGUAUCGCGAAUUGUAAGCGAUGGAAUUCAUAUUCUUAUCAAUCUUAAUGGUUACACUGCCGGUGAAAGGAAUCAAAUAUUUGCUACACGUCCAGCUCCGAUACAAGUGGAACACAUGGGAUUUGCAAGUGCGAUGGGCGGCAUGUGGACCGACUAUAAUAUUCUCGACAAAUUUGUGUGUCCCGAAUCUCAAACUGGUGAUUACAAAUUACUACGGAAAUCAACCCACAGCGAUGGCGACUUGCCUGGUGAGAUGGACCCCGAAGAAGACGAUGAUUGGACGUAUCCGGAGAAAGUUCUCUAUUUACCUUCUACAUACUUCUUCAAUGAUCAUAAACAAGGAUUCCGCGAUGAUAAUGGAAUCCUACUCAGCAGUCCAUUCAAAGACGACUCUGAAAUAAUGUGGGCCCUAGAAGAGGAUCGACGUUGGGAAAUGCGUAAGGCACUCUUUCCUAACCUUCCUGAUCAUGUUGUCUUGUUUGCAAAUUUCAACCAGCUUUACAAGAUUGAUCCUGUGACGUUUAUGACUUGGCUUAAUAUUCUCGAAAAGGUUCCCGAGUCGUAUUUGUGGCUGUUGUCAUUUCCCGAAGAAGGCACAAAAAAUCUUCAAGAAACCGCCCGGAAGUGGAAAGGAGCAAGUGUCGCAAAUCGAAUCAUCUUCACAGAUGUUGCCGGGAAAGAACAACAUGUCCUGAGAGGAAGAGUCGCCGACCUUAUCUUGGAUACUCCUCAGGUUAAUGCUCACACGACAGCAUGUGAUACUCUCUGGUCGGGUACUCCUAUGGUUACCCUACCCGGUCCUGAUCAUAAAAUGUGUGGCAGAGUAGCCGCUUCGAUAUGUCUUGCGACCGGUUUUGGUGAUAAAAUGAUAGUUAACAAUUACCGUGAUUACGAGGAUACAGCUGUUCGACUUGCAAACUCCGUAUCAUAUAACUUUUGGCACGGAUGUUAUGCUGCCGGUUUGCCUUCUUGUAAUCAUAGGAACGGCCAGGGAGAAUUAAUUGAAUUAAGGAAACAACUCUUCCUCAACCGAGAUAACAUGCGACUUUUUGAUACCGAGAAGGCCGUUCGAGACUUGGAGAAGGGCCUUGUUAACGCUUGGAUUCGUUGGGUCGAUGACAACGAACAAAACAUUCACGUCAGUUAA